GAAUUUGGUUUGCUACAACAAAAAUAUCUUAGUUAUAUUGGUUAAGUUCACAAGGUAGUUUUUGCACAACUAAAUAGCGCUAUACAAUGGCUCAUAAAUGUGAAACAUUACAUUGUGGCAAAGAAGCUACCCUGCAAUGUCCAACGUGCUUAAAGUUGGGCAUACCUGGAUCCUAUUUUUGUUCGCAAGUUUGUUUUAAAGGAUUCUGGAAAGAGCAUAAAGUUAUCCAUGCUCUGGCCGAGGGCGCAGGAAAACCAAAAGUAGAUAACACUGAAGCUGGUUACAAUCCAUGGCCACAUUACCGUUUUACUGGUAAGUUACGUCCAUAUCCGCAGACAACUAAACGCAACGUACCCGAGAAUAUAGAGCGGCCCGACUAUGCAGAUCAUCCAUCUGGUCGGGCUGCAUCGGAAGAAGCCAUGCGAGGAAACACUUCAAUUAAAGUACUGGAUGACGAUGAAAUUGAAGCUAUGCGCGUAGCUGGUAGACUUGGUCGCGAAUGUUUGGAUGAGGCAGGAAAAGCUGUAGAAGUCGGAGUUACCACGGACGAGUUAGACCGACUCGUACACGAGGCCGCAAUUGAACGCGAUUGUUAUCCAUCACCACUGAACUAUUACAAUUUUCCUAAGUCUUGUUGUACCUCAGUUAAUGAGGUAAUAUGUCAUGGAAUACCAGAUUUGCGUCCAUUACAAGAUGGUGAUAUUUGUAACAUUGAUGUUACCGUCUACCAUCACGGUUUUCAUGGUGAUCUUAACGAAACCUUCUUUGUUGGUAAUGUUUCCGAAAAACACAAGAAGUUAGUACGAGUCACGUAUGAAUCGCUAUGCAAAGCCAUCGAAUUGGUGAGGCCUGGCGUAAAAUAUAGGGAAAUCGGCAACGUAAUACAAAAACAUGUGGCGCCCCAUGGUUUCAGCGUUGUGAAGAGCUACUGUGGCCAUGGUAUCCAUCGGCUAUUCCAUACUGCGCCUAAUGUACCUCACUAUGCCAAGAACUCCGCGGUUGGUGUUAUGAAAGCUGGGCACUGCUUUACAAUUGAACCAAUGAUAUCAGAAGGCGUAUCCAAAAAUGAACAGUGGCCCGAUAACUGGACAGCCGUGACUGGAGAUGGGCUCUAUUCUGCACAAUUUGAACAAACCCUGUUAGUAACAGAUAAUGGUUGUGAAAUUUUAACGCGUCGUCGAGAACACAAUGGUCAACCAUGGUUCAUGGAUAAAAUAUAGAUAAGAAACCAUCAAGCAUCAAAAGAAGAUGCCAAUACCAAAUGCUGACGAAGACACUACCACGAAAGACACUCCUUCGAUAUUGAGUCCAAGUGUCAAGCAUUACUUCUAUGCCUUUCUCGUUCGUUAAAAGUCUUUAACUUUAAAAUAGCGUUUUUACAAAUUGAUAAGACAUAUAUAUUUAAUAAAUCGUUGCUACUUGCUAUA